AUGCAGGCAAACCGCUUCGUGGCACGUAGCAGCGACAACGAGGCGCAGCGCCUGAAGCUCCUGGCCAUGCUCAAGCAGUACGUCGACGCCCAUUCAAAAUCCAACGCCGACAGCUGGCCGCGCCUGCUUCUUGAUGACGCGGCAGAGGGCCCCUUCAACUUCUGGGAGCAGCCGGAAGAGCAGCGGCGGCGGUAUCAAGAUGACGAGCUGCACCUGACAGCGGAGGGCUACGACUUUCUGGGCGGCCACGUGUUCGGGAUGCUGCGUGACGGCGGGGUGGCGGAAGCGCUCAGAUGCGGCGCAGGUGACCCGGACGCUCCCAAGCCGGCGGGGCACAAGGCGGCAGAGGCGUCGGCCAGGACGCUGUCUUACAGCGAUGACGUGGGGGCGGUGCCCGGCGCCUCUGGGGCCCCUGCCGCCACAGCGCCGAGCCAGGCGCCAGGUGCGGCCCUCAAUGGUGCGCGCUUCAUCGGGGCCGCGCGUGCAGCGGCCAUCGUCUCGUGGGCCGCUGGCGUGCUGCUGGUGUCGUCCCUGCCCUGA